GAGAGUCUCAGUGUGUGUGUGUGAGUGUGAGUGUGAGAGUCUCUGUGUGAGUGGGGAGUGAGUGGGUGAGUUUGUGGCAGCGACGCGUAAAAAUUAAACACCGUCGGAAAAUGAGUCUGAGAUCCCUAAGAGUUACAAGGCUUUGCUUUGCCAAACAGCGCACGGCAGCGAGUCAGAGAGGAGUCGUGGGAGGAGGAGAAGGAGGAGGAGAAGGAGGAGGAGGAGGAGGAACCUCCCGGGGGCUCUGGAAGAGUUCAAGGCAGGAGCCAAGUUACUGCCGUGCGGUGAGGAGUUUGCGGGUGCGCCUCAGCGCCUGGCACCACCCCCGCAAUUCCUACUCUUGCGCGAACCAUGGCCCGACCGACCCCCCACCGAGUUACCAGUCGGCGUUUCUCAGGUCUGUCCGAGAGCCUGAAGACUUCUGGAGUGAAUGCGCUCGAGGGGUCACUUGGUUCAAGCCGUGGAGCCAAACGAUGGACCACUCACGCCCGCCCUACACGCGCUGGUUUGUUGAUGGUGAACUUAAUGUGUGCUAUAAUGCACUGGACCGUCAUGUUGAAAAUGGAUUGAGAAACCAACUUGCAAUCAUUUAUGACAGCCCAGUUACUGGUACCAAACAAAAGAUUACGUAUAAAGAAGCUUUGGAACAGGUUUCAAAGCUGGCUGAUGUCCUGGUCAAACAAGGAGUACAAAAGGGUGAUCGAGUCACCAUCUAUAUGCCAAUGAUCCCCCAGGCAAUAUAUGCUAUGCUGGCUUGUGCUAGGAUUGGAGCUAUACAUAGCUUGAUCUUUGGUGGAUUUGCUUCUAAGGAGCUUUCUGUUCGCAUUCAGCACACCAAGCCAAAACUGGUUCUAACAGCAUCAUUUGGGAUUGAGCCAGGGAGAAAAAUAAACUAUGUGCAACUGUUAGAUAAAGCGUUGGAAAUGAUACAGCAUAAGGUGAAAGUCAUCAUUUACAAUCGAUAUAACAUGGAAAGGGUCCCUUUGACCCGUGGCCGUGACUUGGAUUGGGACGAAGAGAUUUCUGCUGCUCAGUCCCGUGACUGUGUCCCAUUGAAUUCAGAUCACCCCCUGUACAUUCUCUACACCUCCGGAACUACAGGACAGCCAAAGGGAAUUGUGCGGCCAUCUGGUGGGCACGCAGUAGUUCUGAAUUGGACCAUGUCAAACGUGUACGGGGUCAAGCCAGGGGAGGUCUGGUUGACAGCUUCUGAUCUUGGCUGGGUGGUCGGACAUUCUUACAUUUGUUAUGCGCCACUCCUUCACGGCAAUACAACCGUCUUGUAUGAGGGGAAACCAGUUGGCACUCCAGAUUCAGGGGCGUUCUUUCGCUUGUUGUCAGAGUAUGGCAUAGCGGCUAUGUUUACAUCGCCAACUGCGCUGAGAGCGAUUCAUCACCAGGAACAUGAGGCAUUGCUGGGAAGGCACUACAAUUUCCCAAGGUUUAGAGCUUUGUUUGUUGGGGGAGAACACUGCGAUGUGGACACCUUGCAAUGGGCCAAGGAAAGCUUCAGAGCUCCUGUCUUAGACCACUGGUGGCAGACUGAAACUGGAUCUCCAAUAACUGCAACGUGCAUAGGCCUGGGACUCACUCUAAACCCCCCCUCAGGGCAAGCUGGGAAAUGUUUGCCAGGAUACAAUGCAGUGAUUCUGGGCAAUGAUAUGAAGGAAGUGAAGCGGAACACUCUAGGAAAUAUUGCAGUGAAAUUACCUUUGGCUCCAGGUUCAAUGGCAACUCUUUGGGAAAAUGAUGAAUUGUUCAAGAAACUGUAUUUCACAAAGUUUCCAGGUUACUAUGAUACUAUGGAUGCUGGCUACAUGGAUGAUGAUGGGUAUGUUUAUGUUAUGUCACGGAUAGAUGAUGUCAUCAACGUUGCAGGUCACAGGCUUUCAACCGGAGGUAUUGAGGAGGUUAUCCUCAGCCACCCAGCUGUGUUCGACUGUGCUGUAGUGGCUCAAGAAGAUUCUAUAAAGGGACACGUUCCACUAGCUUUGUGUGUGAAAAAAGAGGUUUUCACUGAGGAAACAGAUCAAAUUAGAGAAGAAAUUGUUCAGCUUGUUCGGAACUCCAUUGGCCCAGUCGCUGCAUUCAAGAAAACGCUUUUUGUGACCAGAUUACCAAAGACUCGAUCUGGAAAGAUACCUCGGUCUGCAUUGGCAGCUAUUGUCAAUGGGAAACCAUACACGAUCACAGCCACUAUCGAGGAUCCUGCUGUUUUCUCAGAAAUUGAAGAAGUUAUUAAGGAAACAAAAAACAUAAUUUGAUAGUUGGCAACUCUACAACAAAGAAAGCCUAACCUUGUUUUUUCCAAGUGAUCAACAAGGAUAUACCAACACCCACUAAAUCUGAAAAAAAAACAAAAAAAGUACAUACAUUCAUCUUAAACUAUUGGCUAAAAUAUAUUUGUGUUAACUACAGUUAGUUACCGUUAACUACAGUUUACAGAAAUAUAUUUUAGCCGAACGUGCAUUAUAGUUUAAAAUGAAAAAGCAAGGUUACAUUUCUGAUUUCCUGAGCUAAAUAAAGACCAUCUUUUGGGUUAUAGCUGCUAUCACUUCCUGCACUCUGCACAUGUAAUUUCAUAUGCAGGAAAUGAUAAAAUUUCCUGUGUAUUGUGCAACCACCUAUUCAACACAAAGGAAGUAACAUGGAGACACCUGAGAACCUGGUAUUUGUCUAUUGUUUAUGAUCCAUUUUAACACAUGGGUCUGAGCAUAUAGACCCAACCACAAAGUUCUAAAAUAAUUGCCAAAUAUAUAAAAGCUAUUGCAGAAGUCCAGUUACUUAACAUCCAUAUUGCCUUCAAGCAGGAACUUCACAGAUACCUUAACAGAGUCAUCUUCAACUGUAUGGGGAAAGGACAAAGUGGGACUGAAAGAGUUAGUUUUGAGGAAGCUGACACAGACACAUGGCCUUCUUCUGUGCUGAGGAUUUCUAUUUUUUUAAGGAAUGUCAGGAAAUAAUACUCUACCAAUACAUCUGUUUACUUUCCUAUAGAAAUGCAAAUGGGCAAUAAUAUAUUUGUUUUCCUCACUUGUUAUUAGAACCAAGUAUAGGUCCUUUUUAACUUUGUAUCACUGAUUUCUCGAUCAUUAAAAUAUUAAACAUCUAUUUGACAGAAUUCUUUAAACAAAAGUAAAAUGAUAAAAAUAAGGGAAGAGACUGUUUAGCACAAAACUUAUUCCUCUCAAGUGCAAAGGAUUAUUAUUAUUCUCGUGCAAUAAAAAUUUUCGUAUCGCAAAGUCAAA